GGGGGGCGCCGGAGGGGGCUGUGGUUAGAAGGAGCAGUAGCAGCAGCAGCAGGAGAAGAUGCUGAGGAUGCGGACCGCGGGAUGGGCGCGCGGCUGGUGCUUGGGCUGUUGCCUCCUCCUGCCGCUCUCGCUCAGCCUGGCGGCCGCCAAGCAGCUCCUCCGGUACCGACUGGCGGAGGAGGGCCCCGCCGACGUCCGCAUCGGCAACGUGGCUUCAGACCUGGGCAUCGUGACCGGAUCGGGUGAGGUGACUUUCAGCCUGGAGUCCGGCUCCGAGUACCUUAAGAUCGACAACCUCACGGGCGAGCUGAGCACCAGCGAGAGGCGCAUCGACCGCGAGAAGCUGCCCCAGUGUCAGAUGAUCUUCGACGAGAACGAGUGCUUCCUGGACUUCGAGGUGUCGGUGAUCGGGCCCUCGCAGAGCUGGGUAGACCUGUUUGAGGGUCGGGUCAUCGUGCUCGACAUCAACGACAACACGCCCACCUUCCCGUCGCCCGUGCUCACGCUCACGGUGGAGGAGAACCGGCCGGUGGGCACACUUUACCUGCUGCCCACCGCCACUGACCGCGACUUUGGCCGCAACGGCAUCGAGCGCUACGAGCUGCUUCAGGAGCCCGGACAGCGCGACUCCUACGAGCUGACCCUGCGGGUGCGCGACGGCGGCGACCCGCCUCGCUCCUCGCAGGCCAUCCUACGGGUCCUCAUCACCGACGUGAACGACAACAGCCCCCGCUUCGAGAAGAGCGUGUACGAGGCCGACUUAGCUGAGAACAGCGCCCCGGGGACCCCCAUCCUGCAACUGCGCGCAGCUGACUUGGACGUGGGGGUCAAUGGGCAGAUCGAGUACGUGUUCGGGGCGGCCACCGAGUCGGUGAGGCGACUGCUGCGCCUUGACGAGACGUCCGGCUGGCUCAGCGUCCUGCACCGGAUCGACCGCGAGGAGGUGAACCAGCUGCGCUUCACGGUCAUGGCCCGCGACCGUGGGCAGCCCCCCAAGACCGACAAGGCCACCGUGGUCCUUAACAUCAAAGAUGAGAAUGACAAUGUGCCAUCCAUUGAAAUCCGCAAGAUUGGGCGCAUCCCCCUCAAGGACGGGGUGGCCAACGUGGCCGAGGACGUUCUGGUCGACACCCCCAUCGCUCUGGUGCAGGUGUCCGACCGAGACCAAGGCGAGAACGGGGUGGUCACCUGCACCGUGGUGGGCGACGUGCCCUUCCAGCUCAAGCCAGCCAGCGACACCGAGGGCGACCAGAACAAGAAAAAGUACUUUUUGCACACCUCGACCCCUCUGGACUAUGAGACCACCCGGGAGUUCAACGUGGUCAUCGUGGCGGUGGACUCAGGCAGCCCCAGCCUCUCGAGCAACAACUCCCUGAUUGUGAAGGUGGGAGACACGAACGACAACCCGCCUGUGUUCGGCCAGUCGGUGGUGGAGGUUUACUUCCCUGAGAACAACAUCCCGGGCGAGAGGGUGGCCACAGUGCUGGCGACAGACGCAGACAGCGGAAAGAACGCUGAGAUCGCCUACUCGCUGGACUCCUCUGUGAUGGGGAUCUUUGCCAUCGAUCCCGAUUCUGGGGACAUCCUGGUCAAUACGGUGCUGGACCGCGAGCAGACUGACAGGUAUGAGUUUAAAGUUAACGCCAAAGACAAAGGCAUCCCCGUGCUGCAGGGCAGCACUACAGUGAUUGUGCAGGUGGCUGAUAAGAAUGACAAUGACCCUAAGUUUAUGCAGGACGUCUUCACCUUUUAUGUGAAAGAAAACUUGCAGCCCAACAGCCCUGUGGGGAUGGUCACCGUGAUGGAUGCUGACAAGGGGCGGAAUGCAGAGAUGAGUCUGUACAUAGAGGAGAACAAUAACAUUUUUUCUAUUGAAAAUGACACGGGGACAAUUUACUCCACAAUGUCUUUUGACCGGGAACAUCAGACCACAUACACUUUCAGAGUCAAGGCUGUGGAUGGGGGAGAUCCUCCCAGGUCUGCCACAGCUACAGUCUCGCUUUUUGUGAUGGAUGAAAAUGACAAUGCUCCCACAGUUACCCUUCCCAAAAACAUUUCCUACACUUUACUGCCACCUUCGAGUAAUGUCAGGACAGUAGUAGCUACAGUGUUGGCAACAGACAGUGACGAUGGCAUCAAUGCAGACCUGAACUACAGCAUUGUGGGAGGGAAUCCCUUCAAGCUGUUUGAAAUUGAUCCCACUAGUGGUGUGGUUUCCUUAGUGGGAAAACUCACCCAAAAGCAUUAUGGCUUGCACAGGUUGGUGGUGCAAGUGAAUGACAGUGGGCAGCCUUCCCAGUCCACCACGACUCUGGUGCAUGUGUUUGUCAAUGAAAGUGUUUCUAAUGCAACUGUGAUUGACUCCCAGAUAGCUAGAAGUUUGCACACCCCACUCACCCAGGAUAUAGCUGGCGACCCAAGCUAUGAAAUUAGCAAACAGAGACUCAGUAUUGUCAUUGGUGUGGUUGCUGGCAUUAUGACGGUGAUUCUAAUCAUCUUAAUUGUAGUGAUGGCAAGGUACUGCAGGUCCAAAACUAAAAAUGGCUAUGAAGCUGGCAAAAAAGAUCACGAAGACUUUUUUACACCCCAACAGCAUGACAAAUCUAAAAAGCCUAAAAAGGACAAGAAAAACAAAAAGUCUAAGCAGCCUCUCUACAGCAGCAUUGUCACUGUAGAAGCUUCUAAACCAAAUGGACAGAGGUAUGAUAGUGUCAAUGAGAAGCUGUCAGAUAGCCCAAGCAUGGGGCGGUACAGAUCUGUUAAUGGUGGGCCUGGCAGUCCUGACCUGGCAAGGCAUUACAAAUCUAGUUCCCCAUUGCCUACUGUUCAGCUUCAUCCCCAGUCACCAACUGCAGGAAAAAAGCACCAGGCCGUACAAGAUCUACCACCAGCUAACACAUUUGUGGGAGCAGGAGACAACAUUUCAAUUGGAUCAGAUCACUGCUCUGAGUACAGCUGUCAAACCAAUAACAAGUACAGCAAACAGCUAGUGAUGGAGAACGACAUGAUAAUCUUGGAUUCCUUCUGUCAGAUAGCACAGAAAUACCACAAGCCAUUUCGUAGAGUGACGUUUUCUGUUGUGAGUCAGCCUCAGGACCCACAUCAGGGGUCACUGCAGAGUUGCUAUGACAGCGGGCUGGAGGAGUCAGAAACACCAAGCAGUAAGAGUUCUUCAGGGCCAAGACUGGGUGCCCUUCCACUCCCAGAGGACAACUAUGAAAGGACCACGCCGGAUGGCAGUGUUGACUCAAGGCCUCUUCCAGAUGUAGCCCUGACUGGGAAGUGCACUCGUGAGUGUGAUGAGUAUGGCCACUCAGACUCCUGCUGGAUGCCAGUCCGCACUUCUCCAGAGAGGAAGAAGAGCCAGCCUAAACUCUCCACUUUCAUGCCUGUUGAUGAACGAGGAAGCCAGGAAAAGUUGGCCAAUGGGGAGGCCGCCAUCAUGGGUGACCGCAACAGAAACCUCCUGAACAAAAAGUUGACCUCAUCCUAUGAGACCUUCAGUGCAGCUAGUUUCAGCAAAAAUGAGGAAGCCAACCCUGAGGAUAUUCCCCUUACAAAAACAGGGGAAUAUAAGCCAUCUCCUGUCAAUACUCUCACUAGAAGAGAAGUUUACCUGUAGGCUAUAAAGGAGCAACAGCAAAGUUCUUUACGUGUAUGAAAAGGAGAAUAAGGGGCAAAAAAACCUUACAAAGCAAAACGUUUAAUCACAAAGAGGGGGCUACCAAAGAGACAAAGCUUUGCCUGCCACUUCUGCCUCCAGAUCAGGCCUUUAGUGAUACUGUUAGCCUGAUUCUACUGUACAAUGUAGAAACCAUCCUUGUUACUUGCAUGUCUAACCCCUUCACUGAUUCCCAACACUCACUUUCUCUUCCCCACCCCUCUCCAAAAAAAAAAAAAAAAAAAAAAGAAGAAAAGAAAAAAAAAGGGGGGAUAGUUGCAAGUUUCUUCCACAGUAACUGUACGAAGCCUGAUUAGCAGAACACAACACACUCUCAUUAUCCCUAAGCUGAAGCAUGAUUUUAGUCACUUUGAUUUUGUUCGAGUGUCAUCCGGCUGGUCAAAAAUAAGCAGGACAGAUAAAAUGUAUUUCAGACACACCAUCAGAAUAUGGUUUAUCACCAUCAAAGGCAAUCCUCUGAAAGUGAUAGAGUCCCUCUAAAGGUACAGUCCUUAGAAAGAGGGACUAUAUUAAAAAGCAUUUUGGGAAGAUCAAAGCUUUAAUAUUCCAACAAAGACUAAGAGCAAAACAAUACUCAGUGGGUGAUUGCAGUCCUAAAUUGGCAUAUGUUGUUAUUUUCAGGUUAAGAGCAUCAACUUCAAUUCUAUACCUUCACCAAAUAUUCUCAGUAUACACGCAGUCAUGAUUACAUGUAUCAAUUUCACUAAUUAUGACUUAAAAAAUUAUAUAUAUAUUUUCAGAACAAGACCACGAUUAUUAACUAACUUGAACAAUUGUAUCAUCCAAAGGCCAAAGAUCAUAUGGCAGAUCAGGGAAAUCAUGAAGUUGAUUUGGUCUCGACGUGGAAAAUCAUUAAGCAACAAAAGCAACUGAACCCAUGUACGCACAGAAACAAUCAGACACUAGUUCAUUUUAUAGUGCCCAGUAAAAUGUUCCUUCUUUUAAAAUGGAUUUUAUUUGAAAGCUCAGAAAAUGAAAACUAAUGAGAUAUAUUUUUGGUAUUAUAAUAGGCAAUUGGUUGAGGUUCAAGUUUAGUUUCAGGUAAUAUUAUCAGGGAAGAUUCCAUGUUUUAAAAUAGUAUUUAUGGGUCAUGGGUAGGUUAAGAAAGAUGCAUUGCCAUAUAGUCUUGUUAGUUAAGUCCACAAUGAUCAUUUUAGAAUCCAGGCUAUGCUUGCUGCUCUUUUUAUCCACAUUUUAAAUUACAAUUGCAUUUUUUUUACUUAUUCAGUGCACACUUUCAUGCACCCCAAGUGCAUUAAUUUUGACUUGUGUGCAGUAUAGAAAUAUUUUGAGACUAACAACAUUGAAACAAGGUGACACCCUAGUUGACUUUACCACUAAUGUGAUUUGAACAUUAUUUAAUAUACGUUUUAAACAAAUCUAGACUGAACAUGAAAGAAAGGAGUUUUGGGCAAUGACAUUUUUCACAGGAUGUAUCUCAAAGGUAAAAGCAGAGUUUUUCCAGUGCAAUAAGAAGAAACAGAAUAUGCAGAUUUUGAGCUACUGGCUCCAUGGAGGAUAACCUAAUAUGGCUGAAUAUUGAGCUGGGACAUUCAGAGGAAAGUGACAAUCCAUGGACAGAAUAGGGAAUCACAGGUGUGAGGAGAACAAACUCUCAUCACUGAAUGUUUGUAAGCUGGUUAAGGCAUAGCCUUGAUGGCUCUCUAGCAAACUGUAGAAACAAUGUAGCUUUGGAUAGUUUCAUGCUUUGCAGAAUUUCUUAGACUAUAAAGUGACACAGCCUGGAAUAUAGGUUGAUAAUUCACUAUAGGUCCUCAAAAUACUUUGAAAACCACUUCUCUGUUUGGUGGGGUACUCUUUGGGGGUCAUUUCCUCAUGCUCUUUCUUAAAUGGAGUUUUCAUUUUGAUGUUAGUUUAUGUAUAAUAGGUAGGAUGCAAAAAGAUAUGUAAUUGAAACAAAAAACAUUGGACUAAAAUAUCAGUAAUUGAACAUGUUUAUGUUUGAUUAUUAUUUACACUAUGGAAAGAUGCAAUUCUAGUACUUUGUUAGGAAACUGCAUUAAAGCAGUUCUGCCUUGUAUAAUCUGUAAGUACCUAUUAAGACAAAAUACUUCUAAAGAUACUUAUGAAAUGUAUACAUAUUUUUUCUUGCACGUUACAAAGAAAAUACUCAAUUGCAUAACACAGAUGUUUGACAAACUUUUUUUUUUAAUGCAUUUCUUUCUUUCAUGAGACAUUGAAACCACUGAUAGCUCAUUUCACUCUAUCUUAAACCCUUCUUUUGUCUAUAAAACUAAUACGGGUCACACCGGACCUUCGGAUUAAUUGGAUCCACAUUUCCAAUGACGUUUGCACCCCAUUCAAGAUAGCCAUGCCAUUGUCAUUUAACUCGUGAACCUCUCUUUAGAACUAAAAUGGGUGUGAAAGAACAAAAUUCAGUGUACUGUAAGUAUUCACAGUAAUUCUAGUAGAAUUAGCUAUCAUAACAUGUUUAUUAUAUAAUGAGCUGGCAUGACACAGAAAUAUAUUUUGUGUUUGUAUGACUUUUAUUUUGAAUAGGUUAAAUCUGGUGCCACUCCAUAUAUAGAGUGCUUUUGAAAAAAAUCAAUAAAAAUAAACAAAAAAAAAUAAAUAAAUGAGUGAAUGCAAAAUAAGCAACUGUGCCUUUUAUACCUGUUGUUACGGUAAAAAAACGGUUGUUGGGUUUGGACAAUGAGGGGAAAUGGGCUAUUCCCAACUUUUUUGAUCCUGUAUAUUUGUCCAUGUUUAUUUUCUGAAAAUAAUAAAUAAUAUAUUAAAAAUUUGCCUUCUGACAAACUCAGAUAAUGGACCAGUCUUAAAUAUUGUUAUGUCAUAAAGCAAAAUUAAGGCAGUAAUAUGGGCUGCUUAAAUCUGACUAGAAGAUGAAAGCUUUUAUUGUAAGUGUAACACAGAGAUACUAUCAGGAGUGAAAUCAGUCCAUUUUGCAAGGUAAAAUAUUGAUUUAGAAUUUUAUUCUUUAUUUCUUUUUUGUUGUGUUUCUUUUAGCUACAGUUUCAUUUUGGUUGUACAGGAUAUAAACCAUAUUUGUUUUCUGUACACAAGAUUCUCAAGUGAAUUUUGCAUGCAUUAUACAUUAGGACACAUUUAUAAAUUAAUGAGUAACUAUAUAAAUUUAUGUGUAUUAAAAUGUCUGUAGCUUCAGUCUAAAAUCUACUGCUUUUUCUGAAUCUCCAGAUAUCAUUUCUGUAUGGUUUCUGACUGGCCUGCUGCCUGAGUUUCAGAAAACAAGGGAGGCACUAUUUUUAUGGGAAGAGGAACUAAGAUGGUACUGAGGAUGUCUGACUAAAACACUGCCCUAGGAAGCUGUCUUGUAGGAAAACAGAAUAAAACACACAGACCAGAAGAAACUGUCAACAAUCAAACAGCCAUCCAAAAAUAGUCAUGAGAAAUCUAAAGACCUAAAUAAUCUUAGGUAUAUGCUAUCAAUGAUAAAUAAGAAAAUGUGUCCUUAAGCAAAAAAAAAAAAAAAGUGAGGAUGAUCAUGAAUAUAGUAAAGCUUGUUAGUUGUGACCUAGGUGAAGAUACAAUGAUAACAUCUGGAGGAAGGCAUCAUUUGUUCAGCUACCUAGGGUUUACUUUCAGACUUUUCCUACAUUUAAAGCACUUGCAUUCAGUGUGGUACGAUCUGUUUGUAAUGUUAAUCAUUGCCUAUUGUUCUGCUACUUGGAUGUUGAUAGUGAAGCAGAGAACAAUUUAUCAUCGUUUAUUAUGAGUCACUAUGCACGCAACUAUGCUUAACAUGGCGAAAUGUAUUAAACACUCGUCCAACUAUUUAUGAAAUACUUUACAUAAUUUAAUUUGCUUUUGUACAGUUUUAUGUAAAUAAAUUGCUUGUCAUUUUUGUCUCUGCAAAUUAAAAUAUAACAUGGUCAAAUGGU